AUGUCGGACAUCCUGAACGAGCCAGACGAUUCGAUGUCCCUUGUACGCUACCUCCUCUACUCAAACGAGUUUGACACUAGAGGGAUCUGUGCAACAACAUCUUGGUGGCUGAAGAACGCAACUCACCCAGAGGAGAUGCGCAGGAUCAUUAACGCAUAUGGAGAAGUUGUCGACAAUCUCAAUCAACACGUCAAUCCAAAUGCAUCAUAUCAAAGCGCCGAGGAGUUGCUAUCGCUCGUUACUUCGGGGCCUUCUACUUAUGGCCACACUGCGUUAGAUCAACCCGUGAGCGAGGGAGCUAAACGAAUCAUUAGCGCUCUGCAAGAAUCAGAAGAGCCUCUAUUCAUCACAGGUUGGGGCGGAACCAAUACGCUCGCCCAGGCGCUGCUUCACAUGGAUAAAACCUUGUCUCCUUCCGAAGCCUCUGAGUUGAGAUCGCGAAUCAGAUUAUAUACGAUCUCCGACCAAGACGACACGGGAGCCUGGAUCCGCGCUCGCUAUCCGGAGUUGUUUUAUAUCGUAUCGAUCCAUUCUUUCAACGAUUACCAAGUAGCGACGUGGGUUGGAAUGGACCUGGUUACUUCUCCUGGCGCGAACUCAACCAUCGUUCAGAACCCGUGGCUAGAUGCUAACAUUCGGCUGGGGCCUCUCGGGGCUAUGUACCCGCAGAUAAUCUACGGGAUGGAAGGCGAUACGCCUAGCUUUCUAUGGUUGGUCCAAAACGGACUCGUGUAUAGAGAUCGCAUCGACUGGGGUACUUGGGGAGGACGCUACAGUCGUCCAGAGCCUCUGGUCAACUGGGCGAGCGGGAUUUAUACAAACCACUUCGUCGACGCGCUAGACAGCGGCGUGAUCGGAGUCGACGGGAAUAGCUACCAAACCAAUCAGGCAACAAUAUGGCGUUGGCGUAGAGCUUACCAAGAUGACUUCGCCGCUCGGAUGCGAUGGACUCUGACGCCGAACUUCUCGGAGGUUGGGCAUCCACCCGUGCUGAAUAUCAAUGGCCAGCAGGGCCCAGAUCCGGUCUUCGUCAAGGCGAAGAGCAACGAGACGUACACGUUCGACGCGGGCCUCACGUACGACCCCGACCACCCGUCAGACAGCAGUGGUCUAGAGUUCCAAUGGUUUUUAUACGCGGAGCCCACUUUCUACACGUCGAACGUAACGAUUGAGGCCCUCCCGCCCCCGGAGGGGUCAAGCGGUAAACUAGACGCUAACGAUGCCGGCUUCGCCAACGUGACGCUCGGUACCAGGGUUCGGAUUACUGCGCCGCAGUCGUUCAUCAACUCUAACACGGGGCUUGAGAGCAAUUUUCAUGUGAUAUUGCAGGUCACGAACCGCGCGGGGCUGUAUCCGAUUAGGAGAUACCAGAGGCUUGUAUUCGAGUAUGAAAGCUGA